GUCUAAAUCUCACUAAUAGGUGUCUUAUCUUGUUUCUAGUUGCUUGUAGCAACAUAACGUCUAACUACAAUAACAUGAGUGCGCGAAUUUUGCAGGGAGCUAAACAAAAGUACCUCACUGAGGAAAAAACACUAGGUCGUUUUAUUUUCAACCGCUGUACAAAAUACUACAAUAACCUUUGCCAGAUUGAUGGUACCACCGACAAAUGUGAAACGUACGGUAGCCUGAAAAUACGAGGUACUCGAUUAGCCAUCGAACUCCAGAAAAGAGGAGUGACAUCCAAAGAUGUAAUUGUAGUGUGUUCCGAAAAUACACUUGAUGCUGUUAUUCCAAUAAUAGCAGAUACCUUCCUUGGUGCUAAAGUCUCAAACUUGGAUCCUUCACUUUCUAUAAGGCACAUUAAACAUUUGUUAAAAUCGUCCAUCAAAUUAAUCGAGGAGUAUAUUUUGAAUAACGAUUUUCAAACAGAAAUCAUCGUUUUUGGUAUUUCGCAAAGGUACUCCCUCUUUUCAGAUUUUAUUAAAGAACAAGAAAACGAAGACGAGUUUGAGCCAGUCGAUCUUGACCCCGAAGAGAUAGCCUUGAUGUUUUUCAGCAGCGGUACUACAGGGCUGCCUAAACCAAUUUGUCACUCGAAUAGAGGCUAUAUGGAGAUUGUCGCACAAACAUGUCAAAUUGUUUGGGUUGAUAACGUUUUACACUUUACCACAUUCUACUGGAUGACAGCGAUGAUGAUCUUCCUUGGAUGUUGUAAUUUUGGUAAUUACAGAGUGUUUUGUCAGAAAUUCAGAAUGCAAGUGGCGAAGACAUUUUCAAAAUUAUUCAGAAGUAUAAAGCAUAAAGUCAAGAGUAUGUUUAUGGCUCCUUCUUUAACCUACAAACUUACUCGCGUCGAAAAUUCGCAAAAAUAUGACACUUCUUCUCUCAAAGUAAUUACUGUUGGUGGUACCCCUAUAUCAGCAGUUCAGAUUGAGAAACUGAGUCAAACGUUUCCGAGUGCAAUAAGCUGCCAGUUGUACGGUAUGACCGAAAUAGGACUGAUUUCAGGGUUUGGACCAGACGUCGAUCAAGAAACGGUUAACAAAAAAAUUGCGUCCUGUGGAAAACUUAGCCCAAAUACUAAACUAAAGGUAGUUGAUCCUGCCACUGGAGAAAUAAAAUCCCUCUACGGGUACUACGACGAAGAAGACUACAUAUACAUAGUUGAAAGAAUCAAAGAAAUGUUUAAGUAUCAAUCGUGGCAUAUAAUUCCGUCUUCAACCGAAGCAGUGUUGCUGGAACAUUCAGUUGUUAAAGAAGCUGUGGUUUUUGGACUUCCGCACGAUGAAGAUGGUGAGGUUCCAGCUGCUUGUUUGGUGUUGAAACAGGGUGGUACCAUUGGAGAACAAGAGAUUGACAAAUUUUUAAGAGAAAGGGUUGCCGAUAGGAAGAGGUUGAGGGGAGGAGUUACUUUUGUGAAAACACUGCCUCAAACCCCCACCGGGAAAAUCGAGCGGCGACAAAUUCGAGAUUUUGUUGUAAACUUGAAAAAUUACAAGUGAC